ACGGUAUAGCUUAUACGGGUACCAAAGCGUCCUUCGGUUUCGGUCGUGUUUGGCCUUUGGAUUUAUCAGAUUUCACAAAUUUGAAUGUUUUUUAGUAGAUUUGAUUAAAUUCUACAAUUAGUUUAAUUGAUGGUGAACAAUUUCGAUAGUCUGGUACCGCAACUCAAAAUUUUCAUUUUCCCUACAACUGCGCAAUGUCAGCUGAAGUUGAAGAACCGGCUCCCCAGCAGCAACAACAUGAAAAUACGUAUCUAAUCAGGCCGAAUUUCCAACACAAAUUUAAACCAGCUGAAGUGAAAGAAAUUAUUCAUGAAGUUGUUAAAGAAGAACUUGAUGGUAAAGAUUAUGAUGGAGAACAAGUAGCGGAAUGGGUACAAAAUAUUGGUAAUAAUACAAAAGCCAAGUUAAAAGCAAUGGGGUAUGACAGAUACAAAUUUGUGGUGCAAGUUGUUAUUGGCGAACAGCGAGGUGAAGGAGUUAAAAUGGGAUGCAGAUGUUUUUGGGAUUCAGAUACAGACAAUUACGCACAAGAUAUAUUUAUGAAUAAAUCCAUGUUUUGUGUCGUCGCAGCAUUCGGGAUAUUCUUCUACUGAAACACAACUUUCAUUCAAUAUUAUGGCCCAUCGUAGUUACCUUUAUGUGCACUUUUCUGUCGUGACUAGUCAUGGGGAUUUACCUUUUGGCUAAAUAGGAUGAAAAUACAAAGCAGGAAAGUUA